AUGUUAUGUGAUAUCGACAGUCAUUCACCUGUCUUCCUCUUCCAUUUGGCUCCAGGUACGCGGGGUGGAAGCCUAGGGCGAUUAAAACUAUUUGUUGACAAGUUCGUCGGUUACCGGUUAAUGUUUAAGCUUGUUUUUCUAGCAGAACUUUCUCACCAGACCAAUAUAAUCUGCGGAGAAGUUCUCAAGCAUCUAAAUAAAAAUCUUGUUUGCAAGCGAAGGGGGGUGGGGCAACAUACAUCACUGCUUAUCUUGUCAAUGGUAGUUGUUAUGUCCGGUCUAAAAGUGCUUUGCAUCAUUGGCUCGGUCCGUACUGGUCGCAUGGCUGAUAAAGUUGUCAGACUAGUUGAGAAUCAAUUUACCAAAGCUUUUGGGUCUAAAGGUCAUGAAAUAAAAGUGCUAGAUCCUGAGGAUUUUAAUCUUCCUCUUUUAAAGCAACCAUUACAUUUUUAUCCUGAUCAAGAAAAAGCUCCUGAAGCUCUUCAUGUUUUGAACAAGUUAGUUAAAGAUGCUGAUGCUUACCUCGUUGUUACCCCAGAAUAUAACAGAACUAUGGCGCCUGCAUUAACAAAUACCCUUAAUCAUCUACCCCCACCCAGCUUUGAAUUUAAGCCCAGUGGUUUGCUCAGUUACUCAAUGGGUCCAAACGGAGGAGGGCUGGCAUGUGUUAGUGCCAGGCCUUUUUUGUCUGAAAUAGGUUGUAUUCCUGUUAAACAUUUUGUCACAAUUGGAAACGUCCACAAAGAAGUUAGUGAUUUAGGAGAGACAGAAAACCAAUUCAUAUUAAAAGACCUAAAGAAAUUAUUUGAUGAACUCGAUUGGUGGGGUAGAGCUGCUAAAAAUCUACGCGAAAGUGAGGGUACUCCUAAGAAGUAGAUAUAUAGUUUUCUCUUACUACCAUUUUGCAUAACCUUUUUGCUGUAAUAAUUAUAUUAAAGGUCUAAAUGAUAAAAUGUCAAACUUAUACAAAACCUAGUGUUAAUGUUAACUGGAAGAAUAAAUUGAAAUUUAUAAAUUUUUAACUUAGGAUAUAAAAUCUUUUCCAUUUAUAAUUUUUUUAUACACUUGUAAAUUGUUCUUAGUUCUACUUUUAUUUACUUUUAUUUACUUUUAUUUUAUUGUUCUGUAUUAUACACUGGUCAAAUCUUAGUUGUGUCUGUGAGUCAAGACCAUUUGCCACGGAGCUAACAAAACUGCGAAGCUUCACAUGGCAACAUGAUAAAUCAUGCAAUAAAACUAAAUACUGUUUUUUUAAAGGCGGAAAUACACAGUGAAAUGUCUCUUUAAAAAAUCCGAAAUUUUCCUUUUUUAAGCUUUUCUGUCGUAAUGUAUCCUUUAUUUAGGAAGAAACGCUAAAGUUGGCGAUUCUUACCAACUGAACGGUUAAAUUUUUCUUGUCUUGGAAAAAGAUUAAAGGAAACCGCAACUGGUAAAAAUUCAAAGUCUCGCCAGUUCGUUGUAAACAAAGAUUUUUGUGCAUUUUUAGUUUUGUGAGAUGGAAAAUGUGCAAAGGUGGGACGUGAAAAAAAAAUUUUAAUAACUUUUUUUAAGUUUUUGAUGUUUUUUUAGCUAAUGUUUUACCAUUUCAUCAGAAUUUUUCUGCUUGUUUAAAAUUUUAAUUAUUAUUAUUAUACAAGCAACUUUCUUGCGCUUCGACAUCACGGUCACCGAAGUACAGGAUACAGGGUCAGGUUAAUUUCAAUCCGGUUUAAAUCCUUUUUUUAUUACGAAUAUUUAUAAAGAAUAGCUGUUCAAAAAUUAGUAAUAUAUUUAUAUAAAUACA